AUGACAUAUCCCUCAGAGGCUGCAGCUAUGUCGUUCACAAUCUACAUCAUCGCCAUCAACGGCGGCCACGUCGUCGAAGCCGACAAUGCCGGAAAGGAAAUCAAGACCCAGAAAGCAACGGUGUCCAAGUCCCAGCAAUGGGUAGUGGAGUGGAAGGGCGCAGGUAAAUCUGACGAGUUCGCGCUUCGAAAUGUCGCAACCGAUGCCUAUCUGGGGGCUCCCAAGGGCGUCAGUGGUACAUAUUGCACCACAAACGCAAAGCAGUUCUGGCGAGCUGAGCCUGGCCAUGCGCCUGGAUCUUUCUGGUAG